AUGCUUAUUAAAAUUUGUUUUUUUAUUACUAUUAUUUCUAAUAUUUCUUGCUCAUUACGAUUACCACGUAGUGCAUUACGAGAACCAAUUUCGGAAUACAAUAAAGAAAAGAAUAAAUAUGAUAUUGCAUGGGCUGAUUGGAAUGGUGGACAUGAUAGUGGUUAUCAGAGUAAAAAAGAUGGUCAUCAUGAAAAAGAUUUGACAAAUUUUAAACAUGCAAUAAAAGAGGAAGGUGAAAAGCAUGCAUUAAAAUCAGCUACCGGUGCAGGUAAACAUGCAUUAGCUACAGUUGAAAAAGGUGCAUCAAAGCAUCUUGAUCAUGCUAGUGCACUUGGAAAAGAUGUUAAAGCAAAAACAUUUGGAUUCUUUGAUUAUCAAUAUAAACAACCGGAAUAUCAUGUGGAACAAUUUUACACUGAUGAAAAACAUCGUCAAAAAGUUGGAACAGAUCGUUUGCAUCAUACAUCAAAAGAUCAUAAAUCAGAUGCACAUCAAGCAUCCGGUUGGGGUAAACAUGGAAAAGGAUAUCAUAAUGAUGCAAAAGGUCUUGAUGCACAUGAAAAUGGUGGAGAAUUUCAUGAUGGUUGGGCAAAUAAUUUCCAGAAAGGUUAUGAGCAUGAAGGUGAAAAGGAUUAUUCUAAAGGACAUGAUAUACAUAAAGGACAUUAUCAUCAUGAUACAUCUCCUCCUCAUCUUCCUAAUCAUCAUAAUCAUCAUCAUCAUCAUGGAAAUCAUGAUACUCCAUAUGAGCAUAGUUAUGGACAUGGAUCCGGUAUGUGGGAUUAUCCGGUAGAAUAUGAUGUUUGGGGUAAAUGGCGUCAUGGAUGGGAGCAUGGAUUAGAUUGA